GGUUUGGAGUUUCUGAGAAAGGGUGUAUCUUAUUAUGAUAGGGAGUAUCUUGUGACAGAAAUAGGAGGGUCACCACUAAUUGUGCGAGGAAGCAUUUCGUCAUUUGCGCGGAAAAGGGGGCAGAUUGCCACGUGUCACGGGAAGCUUAGAUUUUGUUUCCUUGAUGGGCCUCAUGCUGGUGAUGUUAUUGGCAAGGAGAGCAAUGGUGUUGACUAA